AUGUUCAAUGUGGGAGUCUCGGUGUGCAACACGCCUGGGGCCGCUGCCUCCUUCCCUCCUGACAUCCAGGAACCGCUAGGGCAGAGGGCGUCUGGGAGUUGGACCCUAACUUCGGAAGACCUGUCCCAGACCGGCGGACUCCUGAUGAGCAGCGUCAAUUCCUUCAUCCUGCCGACAAUCCCUGUGAUUGCUGAGCACCUCCUCCGUGCCUGGCAGUUUUCUGGGCUUUUUCUGGCAGGGAAAGAAUCACCCGCAGUUUUGCCCGCGCCUCCCGCCCCGUCCCGCCUUGGACCUUACAAUCUGUUGGAGGAGCACAGGACGACGACAGGGCCAGAGCUAGUGGCAUGCCCAUUGCGCCGAGCGUUCGGGACAGCGGACGCCCCAACCCCGUGGCCCCCUCGAACCCCACGCCUGGCUAAACUCCGCCCCCCACCGCCCUGGCCAAUCAGGAGCCACGUCCUCCGGCGCGCUCCUUUCCCGCCCCGCCUCCCGUCUCCAUGGGAACGAUCUGAGCGUCUACUCCGCGUCCUGGGGCGUCGGUUUCGGUCCCGCCCGGCUGCGGCCGUUGUUUGCUGGGACAGUCCUUGGGCCGGUCUCCGUCCCUGUCCAGAGGCUCCGUACGUGAGGCGGACUCUCGGGAGCACCGAGCCGGGCGCGGAUAAGGGCGAGGACAGCUGUUGCAGGAACGGGGGCAGAAAAGGAGGACCAGGGGCCGAGAAGCCGCUCUGGCUACGAAAUCUCAGACACCGUUGUAAAUGGGUCCUUCACAGCCGCCCGCCCCACGUUAAAACUGAAGAAGAGGUGCAAGGAGGCGGAAGCAGCUUGGGCCUCGGGACCGAGGGUCCUGUGAUCAGCAAGGGAGGACCAGAGAGGCUCAUGCCUCCGUUUUACAGCUCAGCCUUCUCGACCCUCCACCCUUCCCCAAAAAAGGAGCACAAAGGAGCAAGCAGGGGUCACGCCUUUCCUCACAGUCUGACCCGGUUACGUGAGGCAGCCCGAGGUAACCAGAUCCACGUCUACGAAGAGGAGAAAUAGAACCUACCGUGGCGGGUUGUUAAGAAGAUUCGCUAAGUUCAUUCAUUUGAAAAACUCAUCACAGAGCUUGACAAACAGGCCUAACCAUUGGCUGCGAUUAUGUUAUCAUCACAGGGAGCAAGAACCUUGGCCGCCGUCUCGGUUUCCCGAAUACUUACUGGUCUCUAGUUUUAUGUGACUUUUAAGAUCUGUGUGGGCAUUUUUUAUAUUGGCAUUUGUACAUCACUAGGAAUUUGUCCUUUUAUGUAGAGGUUCACAUGUAUUUGCAUAUAGUUCAUAAUACCCUUGUAUUAUUUUAAAAUCUUAUGUUUGCAGUUAUUUCAUCAUUUUGCCCUGUAUUUUGUUUAUAAUCAUCUUUUUUAAAAAAACCAGACUUGCACAUAUCUGACUUAUUACAAUUUUAAGAGCAUUUUUUGGCUAUAUGCAUUUUUUCAUCAUCUAUUUAUUAUAUCUUUACUUUCAGUUUUGUCCUUUUUUAAAGUUUUCUCCUUUUUUUUAGAGGGGAAGGGUUUGUUUUCUGAGGUGAAUGCUUAGGUCGUUAUUAUCUAACCAUUCUUAUUUCUUUAAUGACAUUUACUUGGGUCUUGAAAAUUUUGAUGUGUAGCUAUUAUUCAGUUCAAAUUUUUCUUAAUGUUAUUAUAUUACUUAUAGUAUUAAUUUAAUAUUGAUUUUCUUUUUAAAUUUAAGGGCUAUUUAACGUUACUUGGAUUCCAGUACUAUGGGUGUUUUAACUAAUAGUUCCUAAUUUUUACACUGUAGCUAGUAUUCUGCUUUAUGUUGAUCCUUUGGAAUUCACUGAGAUUUCUUCUAUGGGCCAGUACACCAUCAAUCUUAUGAAGUAUUAUGGGUUCAUGAAAAUAAUGUGUAUUUUGUCUUUUGGGAGUAUAGAGUUCAGCACAGGUGAAAUAGCUGGUGUAGCAGGAGCUCCCUUGGGGCCUGGUGGAGUAAAGGACACAGCGUUGUCACUGCAGCAGCUUGGGUUGCUGCUGUGGCACAGGAUGAUCCCUAGCCCAGGAACUUCCACAUGCCAUGAACACAGCCAAAACAACAAAAAAAAAGACCUCAUGUAUUUAAAAAAAUUUUUUUAAAUUACUCAAUGAAUUUUAUUACAUUUAAGAGCUCAUUUAUUAAUUGCACUGCUUAGCCUUUAUAUUGCUGAGUUCUUUUGGCUUUUGCUGGAUCAUUUUCUGAGAGGAUUGUAUUAAUAGCUAUAAUUAUAAUCAAUGGCAUAUAUAUUAUAUCUCCUCGCCUUGAAAUUAUGAUAGUUGUUACUUGAUACAUUGUGAAAUUUUAUUUGCGGGUGCAAUUAUUUGGGAUAAUUUUGUCUUACUAUUUAUUUACUAGUAUAUUAAAAAUACUGUUUUGUCCCUAAUGAUACACUUUUAAUUGGGGUGUGAUUGCCAUAUAGCAUUAUAUCGGUUUUCGUAUACCACAUGAUUCUGUGUUUGUGUAUGUUGUAAAAUGACCAUCACAGUAAGUCUGGUUAACAUCUAUCACUACCCAUAGUUAACAUUUUUUGAUGUAAAUUUAUCUCAGGUUUUCUAUUACAGCUUUCUUUUGGUUUCUAUUUGUGAGAAAUUUGUUUUUCCAUCCUUUUAUUCCUGCUUUUUUCUUUCGCUGUU